AUGGCCACCAAUUUAUUCGAACAGUUCAUAGUGGGGAACCCUUAUUUCGCUGCAGGUGGUGGUCUUAUGCUUUUAGGUACCUCGUUAGCUUUAGCACGUCAAGGUAUUAUUAGAGCUUCAGGUUUUGCAUAUCGUCAAUUAUUAGUUGAUUUGGAGAUCCCAUCAAAGGAUAAAUCAUAUUUAUGGUUUUUAGAAUGGAUGUCCCAAUAUAAGAACCGUAGCUCAAGACAUUUGAGUGUUGAGACUAAUUUCAUUCAACAUGAUAAUGGGGCAGUUACUACAAAAUUUUCAUUAGUUCCUGGUCCUGGGAAUCAUUUAAUCAAAUAUAAAGGUGCUUAUAUGUUGAUCAAACGUGAAAGAUCGGGGAAAUUGAUAGAUAUGACAAAUGGUGCACCUUUUGAAACGGUCACAUUGACUACAUUAUAUCGUGAUCGUGGAUUAUUUAGUGAUUUAUUGGGUGAGGCUAAAACAUUGGCUUUGAAAGCUCAAGAGGGUAAAACUGUUAUUUAUACAUCAUGGGGUCCUGAAUGGAGACCUUUUGGACAACCUAAGAGAAAGAGAAUGAUUGGUAGUGUUAUAUUGGAUGAUGGUAUUAAAGAGGGAAUUGUUAGUGAUGUUUUAGAUUUUUUGAAAAGUGGGAAAUGGUAUUUUGAUAGAGGUAUUCCAUAUAGACGUGGUUAUUUAUUGUAUGGCCCACCUGGUUCUGGUAAGACGAGUUUUAUUCAAGCAUUAGCUGGUGAAUUGGAUUAUAAUAUUUGUAUUUUAAAUUUAUCAGAAGCAAAUUUAACAGAUGAUAGAUUGAAUCAUUUAAUGAAUCAUAUUCCAGAAAGAUCAAUCUUACUGUUAGAAGAUAUUGAUGCAGCUUUCAAUAUGAGAGAUCAAACAGAUGCAAGUGGGUUCAAAUCAGGUGUUACAUUUAGUGGGUUAUUAAAUGCAUUAGAUGGUGUUGCAUCUUCAGAAGAAACAAUCACAUUCAUGACAACAAAUCAUCCAGAAAAAUUAGAUCCAGCUAUCCUAAGACCAGGCAGGGUUGAUUAUAGAGUAUAUGUUGGAGAUGCUACACCUCAUCAAAUUGAACAAAUGUUUUUAAGAUUUUAUGAAGGUGAAACUGCAAAAGCUAAAGAAUUUGUGGCAAAAGCUGUUGAAUUGAAAGCACCUAUUAGUACUGCCCAAUUGCAAGGAUUAUUUGUUUAUAAGAAAAAUGAUCCAGAUGGUGCCUUGGCUUUAGUUGAUACUUUGAAAACCCCAAAUCAUGUGUUUUAG